GAUACAUAAAGCUAAACCGGGGAAAACAACCCAAGUUUGUUGUCGAUUUCUGCCGGGGGGACCAUGAGGUUGUAUUUAAUGGGUACAACGCGGUCCUGGCUCACUUCUCCGAGUAAAUCCUCUUCUUACAGGCAGGGGGUAAUCUUCAGAUAAUUUAGAGUUUAUAGACGGAGCAAUUUGUGGAGUCAUGGAGGCAUUUAACAUGAACAAGUCGAGUCCAGGCUUCCGCGAGAAGCACACGGAUGGACCUUGUUCAGUGACACCUAGCUUGGCCCAUGUUUUGGCUGUAGUAACUGCUCUAAUGCUUAUCGGUACCCUUAUUAUUUAUUCGCUCUCGACGCUGCGAGUUCACGCUGCCCUCGUAGCCGAGCUUCAGGCCGAAGUGACAGCGCUGCGAGAACGGGUUGAACGUCUCGAGGCACUCGAUACAACACAAACCAAGACGAAACAGAACCAAAAUCAGGAUAAAAAUCUGAAAAAACUUUUGAUGGAUUUUAGCAAAGAUCAAUUGAAAGGAAAGGAGGUGGAAACUGCAGAUGAUGAUAAAGAUAAUUCUGUUACUUUCUUGGAGAAGCUAUUUGGGCGUCGAGAGCUCGGUUCAGAAUCAGAUACACAAUGGGCAACAGACAGAGAUAAUGCAGGACCCGGUGCACUUGAACCAGAGGUGUUGACUGAAUACAAGAGCCAACAGAUGUCUGAGGAAGAAGACGACCUCUUUUACCCGACGGAUCGUUCUCAUGAAACAUCCCUCCGUCAUCAUAUCGGCAAACUUUCCACCAAUCACCAGUCAGAACGCGAUGACGUCAGAUGGGAAUCCACCAGUGAGGAUCGAGCGGGAAAGCGGACCAGACGACAGGCAGAAAACCGUGAGUCAAGGAAUCGCAAUCGCGAUCGAAAGGCCUCGAAAGGGGCUAGUAAAAGGAAUAGGGGCAACCGAGGAAGCACAAGGAGACGAGAGCAAGAGACUGAAGAAACUCCACAGCAAAAUGGAGGAGAACGAAGGCAAAGACAAAGGUGUCAGUGUCCAGAUGGAGAAUCUCCCCCACAACCAGAGUCUGCCUAUGUCCACUUCGUUGGAAACGUCAGCUCUCUAGUAGACACUCAUCCAGAAAGAUUACAUCCACUCUCUCCCAGGAUGGUCAACAUCUCUGAGAAUCUGUUAAGUGACUGGGGUUACGCGACAUGGACGCUUGCUCGUCAGAAAGAGAAGUUUGUAUUAAACAAUGGCGUCGUCACGGUCAAAGAAGCUGGAAUAUACUUCAUCUACAGCCAGGUACAAUUUUUCGACGAUGAUCGUUACAUGGGGCACGCCAUUACGAUCAACGAACAACCGACAUUCAAGUGCGCCGAAAGUCCCCCGCUGCGUCCUCGCAACAUGCAUACCUGUUACGUGGGUGGACUAGCCUACCUUCAUCGAGAUUCACGGGUAGCUGUCCACCUGGCUUUCUCUCAACGAUGGGUUAAUAUGCACAGUGACAGCGCAUACUUCGGCAUGUAUAAGGCCGCCAGUUUUUCAUAGGAACAGUGAUGUAUUACUGAAAUGGGAUUAUGUUUCGGUUCUGAGAAAUUACCUUACUCUGUCGUUUUGUUUAACAAGGAAUCAAAUCAAAUGAAAAUGAUGGUCUAGGGCGAAAGACCACAGUAAAAAUUAUAAUAAAUAGAUAUUUGAAAUAUAAUAAUUUGCACAAACCGUCAUUAAUGACAGACAUUUGCAAUGAAUAUUUUUUUUCUUCUAUUUGCUCUAUGAAUUCCGAAUUGAAAGUGUCCCUAAAUAAAGUCAGAUUUUUUGAAUUUGUAUUCAAACACAAACCAUCAUUAAUAACUGAGAAAAAACUUCUGUAAUAGUCUGCAUUUAUUCGCUCUAUAAAAAUGAAUGUGUCUAACGAUUAUGAGGCAAUUCGGAUUUAGAGAAACAAAAUGAUCCAAGAUCAUUUUUUUUACAUUAUCUUUACCGCAAUACAUUUAAUUGAGCCACGACUAAGGAGAUGGAUGAUGUAUGUUUUACAAAUAGAGUUAUAAAUAAACAUCACAACAUGAAAGCAGUGAGUAUGAUACAAUCAACAAUAUUAAAAAUAAUUGGGUACAAAUUUGCCUAGCACGAGAUUAGUUAUGUAUUCAACCAACUUUUGGAGAAAAAAAAUUCUGAACUUGAAGAAUAAAUUGUCCAAUUAGAGUUGAAUAUUACUUUACAAUGGGAAAAAUAUUGAAUGCCCAUUGCAAAGUCGGAUGCAUAUCCUGAUGGCAAAUUUACUGGGCAUUUUUAAGAAUUAAAUAAUACUGAUAUACACCUUCAAACAUCCCCGAUUAUCCUCUGUUAGCGACUGUUGGAAACAUUGUCGCUUUGAUUAUCUUAUAACAUUUGACUACACCUUUAGUAUAAGGAUUCAAAUCGCAUUAUCCUGCAAAAGGAGAUAAUAAACUUGAAUGUUUUGACCAUCAAAAUGUUUCUGAUAAGCAAAAUCUAGUAAAAAUCUUCCCCGUACACCCGAACCUCCUAGAACCCCCUGUUCGACCUCCAGCGCCGCCGGCAGUUUCCCCGUAUCAAUUGAAGAGGAUUCGGUCAAACUGGAUAGACCACGGUUGAUAGCAGCGUACUUAAUGGAUAUAACAUGUGUGUGUAUUACAUAGAAUAAUCGUAACAAUAAAAGUAAUUGUGCCAAAAUCUGACGUAUCUAUCCUUUUCAGUGAAAAAAACAGUUAGUCAUUAUCUGUUACUAAAACGGCAAGAGGGACUCAUAAGAAAUUCAUUGGGUCCAGUUUUUAGUCACCAACUUAACAUUAAUUUUUGUUCAAAGGAUUUUCAGUUUAAACCUUAUACCCUAAUGCGAACGGGAACUAUCCCACUAUUGAUCAAGUUUAUUUUAUCUAAAAUUGUCAAAAUGUUGGGUAAAAUCGCCCAGCAUGAGGGUUAUUGUAAUUAUGUCUACCAAUUUGGGGGCGAUGUUCUUGCUCAACAAGGGUAACAUUUUACCCUAUCAUGCUCAUCUUUUACUUCAAAUUUACAACAAAUUGCUCUCACGUUGGUCGCCUUUUAACCCCAACAUUUUGUUUACAGUGAAUUGUUGUAAUUGUGCACAUCCAUAUGACUGGAGAUUCUCCAUACUGAUCAUGAGGUCUACUUUAUUCAGAAUAAUUAAACAUUAAUGUUAAGUGAUUUAUGUUUUUUUUAAGUUAUAUUGCUGUGAUCAUGCUUUCAUUUUGUCAAAAUGAUUAUUUCAGAAAUCAGGUUGCUUGAGCUACUUGUGAUGGUAUCCUUUUGGUCAAGAAGCUGUUUCGAAAGGUUAAGUUAGGGAAAAAAAACAAUUAUGUAACCUUAAACAUAAACAUGGUACAUGACGUCACAUUUUCUUUCAAGUAUAUUGUCUUGAGUGACAUACAUUAUAGUGCGUAUGGCCCAGGAAGAAAAUAAUCAGGAAAAAAUGCAGAAGCGCAUAAUAAAUACAGAAACAAAAUUCACACAACUUUGAUCAUUAUAGAACUAUUUUAGCGUAUCCGGUAUCAUAACGAGUUGUAAAGUAGUCUGUUUGUUUGAACAUGCUGCAGGUCGAUUAAGGUUUUACUCUGCCUGAUGAUUAAGAAACCAUGAAAUUGCAAAUAUCUAAUGUAAUUUAAUACAAAAUAAUUUUUAAAAGGCGUUCAUGUUUGUUACUUUUCUGAUUGUAAAAUAGUUACGUAGAAUAUAUACAGUUAACGGUUAAAUUAUUCUUACACUUACCAAGUUUUUAAACUUUUGUUUAAGUAUUUGAAAAAUUGGUUUGUCUCGAUUUAUGUUUCUUGAGAAUGUGACAUAAUUAUUAAAGCUUACAUCUAAAAAGGGGUGCAUAAUUUAUUUGUUAACUGUAGAUAGGGCCUACCUCAUUUUUAUGAAUUUGUCUUCCUUUCUGACAUUUCAUUUCGUUUUCUUAAAAUAAUCACCAUGAUCAAUCUGUUAUUUCUAUCAAUAAGCUUGUCAGCAUCUUCGUGUAUUUCAAUGUUUAGUUCUUUUUACUCUGCACCUGAUUUUGUAUUUGUAAAUAAAUAACACAAAAUUAAUGUUGAAAUGACGAAUAUCAUUUUAAGAUUUGAAGUCGAGUAGCUUCAGUACUUUGUCAAAACUGUGUAUUUUUGUAAAUAGUAUCGUUGUAUAUUUUUGUAAAUACUACCAUUUAUACACUGUAGUACUAAGCCUAUCACUUCUGUUGCUUUAAUACGAGUAGCACUUCAUCAUUUUACCUUUACCAUUGUUUACCUUGAUGUACAGAGAAUAUUCCCUAAGUAUUUUGAUUACUUGGUGUUACUUUAAAACUUGUAAUUCAGUCAUACUUUACUAAAUUGGGACUAGUAUAUAUCAAAACCAUUGUACUUCUAUUUGUAUGCAACGUUUAACUCAAAAAUAGAAGAAAAUUACAUGGUUACAAAGGGGAUAACUUUGUUAUGUAUUUAAAUGUGAAAAUAGUGUUAUAGCCAUGGUGAUGCGUGGGCCUGCCCUUAUAAGCAAUUCGCUUCUUUGUGGUCCUGACCAUAUAUUUGCUUUGUAUUUUGUAUGUUUUAUGUAUUCUAUUUUCUGUUGUAUGUUUUGCUUUUACAUGUAUAUGGUCUAAUAAAUUCAAUUCAAUCAUGUGUACAUAGAAUGUAGUACAAAUAUUAAUUUUUCGAUGCAAACUUUGCAAUUUAAGCAGCUUUUCAUUUCUGUUUACAUUAAUAUGAUACAAUAUGCAUGAUGUAAAAAUUAUAAUUCUGACACGAUAGCGUGUAAUAGAAGAGACAAAAAGAAUAUUUGAAAUUGCUAGUAGUGAAUGUUAAUGUUUAUUGUCAUUAGUUUUACUCACAGGAUACCACGUUGUGUAUAGCAAUCGUUGAGGCUAAACAAAUAAAUGUUGAUUACUUUUUUUGGUAAAAGAGAUUAAACGUUUAUAGUGUUCCUUCA